AUGGCGAUACGAUGCAUGCGCAGGGUCGUUCCCGAAGGCUCGCUCGUGGACGGACCGACGAAGGAGGAGCUGCGAAGCGCGCCCGAGGAGUUUUGGACGCUGGAGUUUAAGAAUCCGACGCGGCGAAGCGUCGUCGCGCGAGGCGCGGCGAGCGGAGACGGUCGCGGUGGUGGCGAUGACGACCGCGCGAACGAAGACGAGGUGAAGGGAACGUACACGUGCGACGAAGACGAGGUUGGGGAAUUUUUAGCGUCGUCGGCGACGCGGUUUCAUAGAGCGGCGCAGUCGUACGUCGUCGCGGGAGACGCGUUCGACGCGGGCGAUUUCAACGUCAAGAUUUGUCGCGUCGAGACGAGCUCGGGGCAGUACGUGGGGACUAUUUUAGAUUUGAGUUAUCGCGCGACGAACGACGCGCGCACGGCGAGCGCGGCGUUGAGGGAGUUCGCCGCGCACGCGACGUCGACGGCGAACGCCGCCGCCGAAUCCGACGACGAUUUGGGCGACUUCGUCCUCAAAGAUCUUCGCGAGAGUUGUCCUUUGCGCGCGUAUCGCGCGCCGGCCGGGGAUUUACAGUGCGCCAUUAGCUACGUCGACGCCGUUCGCGCGCUUUUGUGA